AUGCCUCCUCCUCCACCGCCGCCGCCGCCGCCGUUUCCGGCCAUGGCUGGAGGACCUCCCCCUCCACCACCUCCGCCGGGCGGAUUUGGAGCCACCAAACCACCCGCAGCGGCCACGAAAGGAAGAGGAGCCCUGCUCAGCGAUAUCAGCAAGGGAGCGCGACUGAAGAAGGUCACGCAGGUCAAUGACCGCUCAGCACCGAUAAUCGACAAAUCAAAUACUUCGUCAUCUGGGCCACCGGCCGGGGGAGCACCUCCCGUUCCUGGUCUCAGGCCUCCAGGUACUGGCAAUCGUGCUCGAGCCAACAGCGAUCGAACGAAUGCGGCAGAUUCAGUCUCGGGUGGGAUGGACGCUGCACCGCAGCUCGGGGGGCUCUUUGCAGGAGGCAUGCCACGACUAAAAAAGAGCACGGGAGGGGUGAACAUGUACGACUCAGAUCCGGAGACCGCGUCGAGAAAGGCUGCCACGAAUAGCAGCCCUGUGGCUCCUCCGCCUCGGCCAGGGGUAGCACCACCUCCGCGACCACCUCCGUCUGGCGCCCCCGGCCUACCACCAUCAGUAGCAGGACUGAGGAAUAAUCUAAGAUCUGUGAGCGCAGGAUCUGCUCCAGAUAUUCCAGCGAAGCCUUCAAAGCCACCACCGCCGAUCGGAAAGAAACCACCACUUCCUCCUCCAACAGGCCGUAAACCUUCUGGCGCAUUGGCACCCGCAGGACCAUCACCACCACGACCAUCCUCAAGCAAUGCACCGCCGUCCGCACCUCCGCCGCCACCAUUUCCAGUCCGAGCUCCAUCCGCACAUGUUGGGCAGCCCAUGUCAGCCGCGCCACCGCCUCCGCCUCCUCCUCCACCUCCCAGUGGACCUCCACCAUCAGCCGCAGCCCUUGCGGCUCGGAAUGCCUUUGGUUCAGCGCGAAAUGGAAGUCCUGCAGUAGCCCCUCCACCUCCUCCACCUCCUCCGCCCUCUUCAACUACACAUUGGCAGGCGCCGCCACCGCCACCCAUGGCAGCCAAUUCUGCUUCGGCACCGCCACCACCCUCAUUACCACCACCAAAGAUCAGCACGUCUAGCGGUACACCUACUGCAAGCAGCAUCAAUCUGGCAGGCAAUCCAGCUUUGCAGUCGUUAUCAGCCACACCCAAUCGGAGCCGAGCAAGUAGUAAUGCGGCUUUGACGAGAGGCAACAGUGGGAGACCUGUGGUCAUCAAUGAUAGUAGAUGGAAGUUCCAGACUGACGAUCAGUUACCGAAGCCGAGGGAGUUCGUAGGCGGACGCAAGCUAUAUCGCGCAGGUCGGAUCAGCACUGUGCCUCUGGACCUAACAGCAUACGAAUAG